AAUUGACAUCCAUUUGCCGGAGUACAUCAGUACAAGCUCGGCGUUGCUCCGAAGCGCUCCGACAUCUUUCACCGCGAUCGCAUUUUUAAUAUAAUUUUGAAAAAAAAUCUAGUGCAAACAGUUUAUUAUCGCGACAAUAGAAAAGCAAUAAUAAAAAUAAUCUGAAAAAGUUGUGAAUAUUUAUAUAAAGGAGCAAUAUUUCCUGAAAUGCAGCGGCGCAAAUACGAGAUAAAAUUUUUUAAGAAUAGAUAACAUAUCACAUCAUUGUUUCUUUUUACAAAAUCAAUUAUUUGCAGAAUUUUUGAAGAUAAAUAUAUGACAGGAAAGAAAGGAGAGGAAGUUUUGCGUGUUACAAAAAUAAUAUGAGAGAUAUAUAAUUAAAGCAAAUAAUUCGGCGCUAGAUUACAUUUUAGUCGUAUUCAUAAAUAUUAAUGACACAUAGUGUCUCGUAAUUAAAUUAACUGACUAAAAUAAAUACAAAUCUCUGCAUCAAAAUGAAAGAACUAGGAGAGAAUAUAAUAGAGUGGGAAAGCUCGGAGUCGGACUUCUCAGAUACUGAGGACUCAAAUGAGUUAGGAGCCAGAGUUAGCCCCGAAAGCAACGCGAUGGACACUAUAGAUAGUGUCAACAAGCGACAGGCCACUCGUGUCUUCAAGAAAUCCAGCCUCAAUGGCAAGAUCACGGUCUAUCUCGGCAAGAGAGACUUUGUCGAUCACAUCACGCACGUCGAUCCGAUCGACGGAGUCGUCCUGAUCGAUCCCGACUACAUAAAAGAGCGAAAGGUGUUCGGUCACGUUCUCGCGGCGUUCAAGUACGGCAGGGAGGAUCUCGAUGUCCUCGGGCUGACCUUUCGCAAGGAUCUCUAUCUCGCGGCGGAACAGAUCUAUCCUGUGGUGCAGGGAUCUCAGCCCCCCAGGGAGCUGACACGAUUGCAGGAGAGACUGAUCAAGAAGUUGGGCAGCAAUGCGUAUCCCUUUUAUUUCGAGUUACCGCCUCACUGUCCAGCCUCGGUCACCCUACAACCGGCCCCAGGCGACACCGGCAAACCCUGCGGCGUCGACUAUGAGUUGAAAGCAUUCGUAGGUGAAACGCAGGAUGACAAACCGCAUAAAAGGAGCUGCGUGAGACUGGCGAUCAGGAAGAUCAUGUACGCGCCAUCGAAACAGGGCGAGCAGCCCUCGGUAGAAGUGAGCAAAGAGUUUAUGAUGUCCCCGAACAAAUUGCACCUAGAGGCUUCCCUCGACAAGGAGCUCUAUCAUCACGGCGAGAACAUAGCUGUGAACGUGCACAUAGCGAACAAUAGCAACCGGACUGUGAAAAAGAUAAAAGUGUCGGUUAGGCAGUUCGCGGAUAUCUGCCUGUUCUCCACGGCGCAAUAUAAGUGCACCGUCGCCGAGGCCGAGAGCGAUAUAGGGGUAGCGCCAGGAUUCACUCUGAGCAAGGUGUUUUCUCUAAAGCCAACGCUUGCCGAGAACAAAGACAAGCGAGGCCUAGCUCUAGACGGUCAGCUUAAACAUGAGGACACCAAUCUCGCGUCUAGUACAAUAGAGGGAUGCCCAGUGGGCCCGGGUUUCACGCUCAGCAAGGUGUUCACUUUAACACCCCUCCUGGCCAACAACAAAGAUAAAUGGGGGCUCGCCCUCGACGGUCAGCUCAAACACGAGGACACCAAUUUGGCGUCCAGCACCCUCGUGGUUGACCCGUCGCAACGUGAAAACCUUGGCAUAAUCGUCCAAUACAAAGUCAAAGUCAAACUUUGUCUUGGUGCUCUUGGAGGGGAGUUAGUCGCGGAACUGCCCUUUAUUUUGAUGCAUCCCAAACCGGAAGAGGAGGAACCAAUGCCGUCCACAGCUCGACCAAGCCCUACGCACAAAACUGACAGCGGGGAGGUUCCGCUCGACACAAAUCUGAUACAAUUGGAUACGGAGGCGGAUGGCGACGACGAUAUAAUCUUCGAGGACUUUGCUCGUCUGAGGCUGAAAGGCGAAAUGGAAGCUUGACCUUGUUCCGCCGAUUCCUCAUCGAUACGUAUCGAUGCGUUCGAUCGUGUGACUCUUACGCCGCCGUGUCGCACACAAGACGGAAACUGCACAAUGUCGCCAAUGAUGCCAAUAACAGCGAUGCCGCAACAACAGACUUAAACGACGUUAUCGUUCAAAUUUGUUACUGCGGUAUCGCUGCUAUCCUCAAGUACAAAAUGUCCCCCACACGACGGUGUACGCGGGACAUUUUAAGAUUUAUCGCGUAAGAAAGUUGGGCAAAACGAGAAGAAAAACUUUCGAAAGGGACUCACGUGGGAAAAAAAAGAAGAUGCUGCAAAAGAAAGGAAUUCCGAGCUGCUCGCUUUUUGCGGGCAUUUUCCAGACAGGCUAAACGAAUACCCGAACCGGAAAUGGCGUCGAGAAAAUUCUUCAACAAUCAUUCGUCAUUUUCACUGAUUAUCGAAGAUAAUCGCAGGAAAUUGAAGUUUCUCUAGUGUUUCUUUUUUUUUUAAGAUAUCGUUGUUUGUAUAUUUAUUAAAAUAAUUGAGCCACAAUUCAUUCAGCCGUUGUUAUUUGUGGCGCGUGUUCGUUGUUAGAUCGUGGUGGUCUUGAUUUGUGGGAUAAGUAUGCGGCGGUUUUGUGCGAUUGACAUUUAUUACAAGUUUAACACCGUCGCCAUUUUACGCUUUGUCUCUGAAGACUGAUUUUAGAAAGAAAAAACAUCCAAAAAUCUAGAUGUAUUUAUUGUGAAACUUUCAACAAUGAAAGAAAGCUACUGCAAAAUAAUACGUAAUAUAUGUGUAAAAUGAGAUUCGAUAUUUUUCUCUAAAAAGAUGCAAAUCGCAAUUAAUUCAAUUACAGUUAAUUUAUUAAUUAUAUAUUACUUCAUUUAAUAAAUAUGAUAGGUAUCACUUAAUUCACAAUUAAUUAGCAAUAAAUCGUCAGUUAAUUAAAUAUGGGAUUGAUACAAAUUCAAGAACGUGCGAGAGCCUUAAGUUUAUAACCACUUUUAGUGAUUGUGAUUUUUUAAACACGGCCAGUAUAUACUGUCUUUAAGUUAAAAUGCAAGAAGUAAAACUUUGUCAGAGUCUCGCAUCGAUUUUAUCUUAUCUAUGCAAACAAUAAAUACAUACGAUUAGUGCGCGUUGCGAAUAUUGUUUGCGCAAACAACAAAACAACCGUAAACGCCCAUCGAAUUAGUUCCAGUAAAAAAUUAGUUUACAGUAAAUUACAGUUGAUGCAGAUAAAAUUAAUUGGUCGCAAAAGAAGAUAAAAAAAGUUAUUUUAUAUUUUUGUAGAAAACUGCGAUACACAAACUUGAUUCUCACGACAACGAGAAUAGGAAAUUAUUAUUCCGCGAAUCUGUAAGAAAUCGAUGCUCUAAGGAGUCUACUUAGAAGUGUUUAAUGUAACAAUUUGAUCAAACAUUCGCGACAAAACGCGCGGAAAAGAGAAGGAAAGAUGACGUUUCAAACCGCAGAUGUCAAUUCAUAGAUGUAUUUAUGGAUAAUUUGUAGUACUUGGUAACAUUGUAAGAUUUAUAACACUAAAAUCCGUUGCAUGUUCUCCUUUCCCUUUCCUCCCGCUCCCAUUUCUAAAAUCAUUCAAUUGAUUAAAUUAAGUCGGCGCGAGCAUCGUUUAUACAUAAUCGUAAGUAUCGAUUACGAUUGGUACGCGUACUUCAAGACUACUCGAGAAUUUAAUUUUCGCGCAAUGAAAUGUCGCGUAAUCUCAGCUCGCCCGUAUUAUAAAAUCGUAUUAUAAAAGUCGUUUAGCAGAGAGUUUGAUAUCCUAAUUAAAUGAUUGCCUAAUUAAAUCUCGAACGCGAAGACUUUUGCUACAAAACGACGAAAAUCAUCGGAUAAACUCCGCCAUUCGAAAUAACAAUGUCACAGCAAAUCACUUACGAUGACUCGUAUGUAAGAAUUCUCGAAACAAAAUAUUUUUUUCCUAAGUUUUAAAAUAUACGAUAUAUAUAUGAUUCUGUCUAUCAUCUCAAACAGCUUUCAUUAUUUUUUCUAUUGAUCAAAAUUUAUAAAUAAUUAAAAAAUAGAGGAGUUGCAUCUUCUCCAAAGUGUAAACCCAAAUCAUUAUUAAAUAUCUCAGAAUUUAAUGACGAUUUUCAUUAAAAACGACGAGAAACCUGCUGUCAACUAUUAAUUCCAAUUUAAAAAAAAAAAAAGUCAUGUCAACGAUAAACGCGAUUCACGUUGGUAACGAAGAUUAAUUCACGGUGACAUUAAUUAGAAUGACGCGAAUUAUAAAACUAUGGAGGAACAGCAUAUUAUAUAUGUAUAUGUAUGUAUAUAUACGGAAAGCAAGAGAAGCAAGAUAAUAUUUUUUAUCACUUUAGCAUUUACAAACUGUGUAUUUAGAUGAGAUAGCUAAACGUGUGGUCCGCGUCUCUUCGUCGCGCGUUUAAGAUUAAACGCAUGACGAAAAUGCAGCCGUAUUUUCUCAUACCAAAGCCGAUAUUUCUGUUUCUUUUCCGAAAAAAAGUAUUCCUCAUAAAAAGCAUCAAUAGCCAAUCAAGAAAGUAUAAUAAAUUACACAAUUAAUUUUCCAAUUAAGUACAUUUCCUUUUAUCAAAUUUAUUUAUUAUUAAUAUAGAACAAAUUAUUGAUUUUAUAAAUGUAUAAGUUCAACAUAUAUGCAGAAGAGUUAUCAAGACAGAAAUUAUUUCAUCUUUGAAAAAAUUUAUUUUGUAUUGAAACAAUGAAUAAUAUAUAUAUUUUUUAAAUCGAUAUUUUUCAUGGAUUCAAAUUAAAUAUUAUUAAUAUUAUCCUAUCCGUUCAUUUAAUUACUCUAUUAUUAAAUAUCCUAUUAGCGGAUUUCUCAGAAAGAAUCCAUUCAUUCUUUUACCUCGUUUUCGAAUAAAAAAAAGAACGUGCAUGUUCAACGAAAGCUAGAUAUUUAAUUAAGGUACGAACCUUUGCAAUUGUGCGGCAAAUGUCGAAUGCCGACACUUCGAUUAUUAUCGCUUUAAGCGACGUGUAUGAGUGUGUAUAUGUGCAGGCUUGUAUAAUGAGAGUAUAUUUUAUAUUCGCCCGCGGACGCGCGCAUAUUUUUUAUAUGACCGCAAACGGUAGGUUGUUAACAUUUUUAUUGUCAUCCGGUUAGAAGGGAGGAUCACAGAAGAAGAGAAUUAUACCGCACAAAAAAACCAAGGGAGAGAGAACGAGAGAUAAUUAAAGUCAAUAUAAAGGAUACCGUCUCUGUAAUUCUAAUAUUCGAGAUUGUUUCCUUGCGAUAUGAAAAAGACCGCGUUAUAUACAGGGGGCCGCAAAAAGACGACGCAAAUUUUAUCGAUUUAUUUCAAGAUUAUCGAAUUAAAUCUUCUUUCUCUUCUACUUCAAAAAUUUAAUUAUAAUCAUUAUACGCUCUAUUAUACGUAUAAAUUACUACUGAUACUAAAUACUCCAAUAUUAAUAUUUUGCCAAGAAGAAUCCUAAUGAUUCAAACUUUUUAAAGAUGGAAUACUGAUGCGACAUUUUUGGGGGAUACUCUGUAUUUAACAAAUAAUAGUAUCACUGCGAUAAGAGAAGUAAACGAUUACGCUUCUUCGAUACAACAUAUUUUUUGCACCGGAAAGUUUACAUUUCCUCUCGUUUGUAUCUCGUUUAACUGAAAUCUGUGGAAAUAGAUAGCCAUGGUGUGAUUAAACAUAAACAGCGAAACGUGUACGUGCUCUUAUCAGAAUGACUGUAUCAUUCGACAUAGAAUGGAAAUAGCUUAUUGCAUCGCGCAUAAUAAUAAAUGGUAUAAAGACAAAAAGGAGAAAAAAAAAUGAACUAAAGAAAAUGAAGAAGGAAAAGGAUAUUAUGCGCGCUUCUCUCGAGAGUGUUACUGUAAUUAAUGUAAUCGAGUCGAUGUACAAGUGUAUUGUGGGGUUCACAUUACAGCCGUAAUUUACAAAUGUAAAUCGUAAGAAAGAUGACAGAGCCAUUAUAUUGCUACAACUUGUACAUUGCACUAUAGAAACGAUUUAUAUAUUGGAGCCGCGCGUUGUUAGUUAGCAAGAAAAUCGUGUGUCGUUCAUGAUCGUUCGCUGUUCACUCGUGAAUAAUUCGUUUUGUAUGUAAAAAAGAUUACAAGAAAGUUUUACUCAGAGAAAAGAGAGAGAGAAUGCGAAAGAGUGCGUGUAUGUGAAAUAAAUGACAUAAAGCAUAAAUAAUGCAUAAUAUAUUGUAUAUGUAAAAAAAUCGUGUGUAUUCUCGUAUUAUAACUAGCUGUAAUAAUUUAAUAAAUCCUGUAUAUCGAAAAAAAA